AUGACUUCAAGAUCAUGCCUUAUGGCAACAAGAUAUUGGAGAGUUAUAAUCAUCAUCUUUCUUUUAUCUAUAAAGUCAAUUGAAAUUAUAUCCUUGUUUUCUGCUAACUCCCCCCCCUCCGUGAGUGAACAAAACCAUUAGAAAAAUCGCUAUUUUUUGCCCAAAAACCCACCCUCCGUGAGUGAACAAAAAUUUUUUUAAUAGAAAAAUUUUUGAUAUAUAAAUAAUAAUUAGUAUAAUAAAAUCUAGAACUAAUUCUAUUUAAUUUUAAACGAAUUACUUUUUAAAACAUAAAUUUUAUAAAUUAAAUUAAUAUUUGCUUUCCAAUUUUUUUGCGAAUUAGGAUUUUUUUAAAUUUUGAAAAAAAAUAUUUUUUAUAAAAUUUAUAUAUAAAUUUUUUAAAAAAAAAAAAAUUAACCCCCCUCCGUGAGUGAACAAAAUUUUUUUGUUCACUCACGGAGGGGGGGGGAGUAACUGGUUUUACCAGUCAAAAAACUCCAAUAAUUGACAUGGUGGACUUUUCUACCCAAAUUCAGACUCUGCCAAAUAUGCAAAAACUGAUAGUUAUUUUGAUAUAUUGGACAAAUGUGAACGAAACACAACCUCAAACAGUCUUUCUCAGGAUGAAUGCUUAGUAUUUAAGAAUUUAUGAAUUAGUGGGGUUACAUAUGGCAUACUUGAAUGUGGGUCAAUCCUAUUUGUAACAAUUUCUUUGGCUAUCCUUAUUCUUGAUAUUUUUCGUAAUAUCAGAUGUGUGGGAUUCUCAGUGUUCUCGUUUUGAAUGGCUUUUAUUUUGCACUUACUCCCCCCUAUGUGAGCAAACAAAAAAAUUUGUUCACUCACGGAGAGGGGUUUAAUUUUUUUUAAAAAAAUUUAUAUAUAAAUUUUACAGAAAAAAAAAUUUUUUCGAAAUUUUAAAAAAAAAUCCUAAUUGCAAAAAAUUGGAAAGCAAAUAUUAAUUUAACUUAUAAAAAUUAAACAGAAUUAGUUAGAGAUUUCAUUAUACUAAUUAUCACUUAUAUAUCAAAUUUAUUUUUUCAUAAAAAAUUUCUAUUAAAAAAAUUUUUUUUCACUCACGAGGGUAGGUUUUUGGGCAAAAAAUAGGGAUUUUCCUCACGGAGGGGGAGUUAGCAGGAUUCUGGGUAUGGUCUGGGCUAAAUGUAUUAUUUUUUUCUGAGAAUUGUGAAGAAAUGGACUGGGACUCUAUAAAUGCAUCUUCAAGUGUUUGUGGAGAAGAUGGGACGAAAGCUGCAUUAGGGUGCUUACUAAUGUUUCCUUUUGCAGCAACACUGCACACAUUUCUUUAUUGGAGCUCGAAAAUAUAUUCAAGACGAAAAGAGAAUGAAACGAGUCUAGCUGUGACCCCUGAACCACACCAGACUCAUGAACCAGGAAGCAUUUCAGUCUGCAUAAACAACUAUUUUGAAAAGGUUUAA